AUGUUGCUGCAACCUCUGGUGUUGCAUUUAAGCCAAUUGCUUCGGCUUAUAGUUGGCCAAUACUUUGCAUCGUUCUCAUCCAUACUGAUUGUGUACAAUAAUUCCGGGUCUGCAACUCGACUCCAACUGGAUUAUUUAAGUGCUUUAGAGUCGGCUCUCAGGGACUUUCCCCGACCUGUUCUGCUUCAGUGGAUCAAUGUGGCAAAAUUAGAGGAUAUUUCGGAUCUGGAGCAGCAGAUUAUGGGUGCUCUGAAUUGUAGUGUCACUGAGGGCUUUAUCACUAUUUUGCCGCACACCAAGCCCUUUCUGCAUGCUCGUUAUUAUGCCACUCGGAACUCCGUGGUGCGUCUCAAGGACAAGAGGUAUCUGUUCCUGUGCGAUGAGGAAAGCCCCGAGGACUUGUUGUCCAUGGAUAUUCUGCAGUUCUACCCCCACCAUCUGAUGGUGCGACCGAGAACCGAAACUGACUCGCAACCAGAAGCAGGACCAAAAACAGGACCCCCAACCCCAGCCCCCGAGCGUAAAGAGGGCACAUCGGUAAACACGAGAAACAAGGGACAAGACGGGGUGCCGCCGCCCCACCGCGACAUCAAUUUCGAGCUGUGGACACAAAAGUUUGUCGGUGCCUUUGGUAAUUUGAAUGCCGUGCGCCUGGACGCAUUCUUGCCGAACGAAACUUUGGCCAAAACCGAGCGAGUCGAACUUUAUCCCAACAAGCUGCUCAAUCUGCAGGGCCGCAGCCUGCGCGUUGGCUCCAUUACUUAUGUCCCAUAUACUAUUACUAAUUAUGUGCCAGCUGGGCAGGGCGACGUGGAUCCCAUAAAUCUGCACAGGGGCAGGCUCUCGAUCGCCUUCGACGGGGCCGAGGCCAAUGUGAUGAAGACCUUCUGCCAGGUGCACAACUGCCAUUUGAGGAUGGAGGCCUAUGGCGCUGAUAACUGGGGAGGCAUUUACGAGAACGAGUCGAGCGACGGCAUGCUGGGCGACAUCUACGAGCAGCGCGUGGAACUGGCCAUUGGCUGCAUCUACAAUUGGUACAACGGCAUCACAGAGACCUCUCACACCAUUGCCCGUUCCUCGGUGACCCUUCUGGGACCUGCCCCAGCACCCUUGCCAAGUUGGCGGACUAACAUCUUGCCCUAUAACGACUACACUUGGUUACUGCUGAUAUCAACCAUGCUAAUGUGUGGCGUGUUCCUAUAUUUUAUGAAAUAUGUUAGUUAUAUUUUGGGGUUGAAAGGCAAUGGAUCGGUUUUUCAUCAUGGCAGUAAUCUGGAGAAGUCGUUGCUGGAUACUUUUGCGCUUUUCAUACAACAGCCAUCGGCUCCUUUAGACUUCAAUCGGUUUGCUCCCAGAUUCUUUCUGGCCACUCUCCUCUGUGCCACCAUAACUUUGGAAAACAUUUACAGUGGCCAGUUAAAGUCCAUGCUGACCAUUCCCUUUUACAGCGCCCCGGUGGACACCAUUGAGAAAUUUGCUCUGGCCCAGUGGAAGUGGGCGGCCCCUUCUAUUAUUUGGGUGCACACGAUUCAGAGCUCCGAUUUGGUAACCGAACAGGUCCUAUCCAAUAAUUUUGAAGUCCACGAUUAUAGUUACCUGUCCAAUGCUAGCUAUAUGCCGAACUAUGGGCUCGGCAUCGAGCGUUUGUCUUCAGGAUCCCUUUCCGUGGGUGAUUAUGUCGCCACUGAUGCUCUGGAAAAUAGAAUUGUGCUGCGGGAUGAUUUAUAUUUCGACUACACCCGAGCCGUUUCCAUACGAGGUUGGGUUUUAAUGCCGGAGCUGGAUAAGCACAUCCUUACUUGCCAGGAAACGGGACUGUAUGUUCACUGGGAACUUGAGUUCAUAGUCAAGUAUAUGGACAAGAAGAAACAGGAAGUUCUAAUGGAUUUGGCCAACGGCCACAAGGCCAAAGGCGCUCCCCAGGCUUUGGAUGUCCAUAAUAUUGCCGGAGCUCUGUUUGUUCUGGCUUUUGGCUUCACUUUUGCGGGCUGUGCCCUGAUGGCGGAGAAUGUGAUCUAUAGGCUUGGAAAGAGCAAAUAAUUUGACCAUCGAAAUGAACCACUUCAUCCGUGGCGUCCGUGAGCACGUGUCGCAGCAAACAUCAAAAUCGCAUGCUGCAGGACACGCAGAAGCCACCAAAACCCCACGUAACUGGGAUGCAUUGAGAAAAAUAUUUUGUUUUUUAAGUGAAUAAGCUUUUAGUGAACAACCUUUAGUGAAUAACCAGUGAAUGGAUUAUCCUUAAAAUUGUAGUUAUUCAAA